UAUAAAAGGAUUUAUGUAGAAAACAAUAAGAUUUGCAAAACAAAAAGAUUAUCUUAAAAUUUUAGGAUUAUUUAUGCAUUGCACUGGAUUAAUUCCUUGCUAUUUAAUAUCCUUUAAAAUUCUAAAACCUAACCUAUAGCAUCGCUGCUGCAACAACAUGGAACCGCCACAGUUUCUCCCUGAAGAACUCCGGCUAGAAAUCUUGUCAUGGCUUCCGGUGAAAUCUCUGGUGCGAUUCAGGUGUGUGUCUAAGUCAUGGAAGUCUAUCAUCUCCGAUUCUCAAUUCAUCAAACUCCACCUUCAUCGAUCAUCUUCUACAACAAGAAACACAGAUUUCGCCUACCUCCAAUCACUGAUAACUUCGCCACGGAAAAGCCGUUCAGCCUCCACUAUAGCAAUCCCCGAUGACUACGACUUCUGUGGAACCUGCAACGGGUUGGUUUGUUUGCAUUCAUCCAAAUACGACCGUAAAGAUAAAUACACCUCUCAUGUCCGUUUAUGGAACCCAGCUAUGAGGUCAAUGUCUCAACGUUCGCCACCUCUAUAUUUGCCCAUCGUCUACGACAGCUAUUUUGGGUUUGAUUAUGAUUCUUCAACUGACACCUACAAGGUGGUGGCAGUGGCAGUGGCGCUCUCUUGGGACACAUUGGAGACAAUGGUGAAUGUUUACAACAUAGGCGAUGAUACUUGUUGGAGAACAAUUCCAGUUUCCCAUCUUCCCUCUAUGUAUCUUAAAGAUGAUGAUGCAGUUUAUGUGAAUAACACUCUUAAUCGGUUAGCAAUUCUACCAAAUGUUGAAGAUCGUGACCGGUGCACAAUUUUGUCAUUUGAUUUUGGGAAAGAAAGUUGUGCACAACUACCAUUGCCUUAUUGUCCUCAAAGUAGAUAUGACUUCUACCGCACUUGGCCAACUCUUGGGGUUUUGAGAGAUUGCUUAUGUAUUUGUCAAAAAGACAAGAAUAUGCAUUUUGUGGUUUGGCAAAUGAAAGAAUUUGGACUGUACAAGUCUUGGACUCUCUUGUUUAACAUUGCUGGCUAUGCAUAUGAUAUUCCCUGUCGCUUUUUUGCAAUGUACAUGUCUGAGAAUGGCGAUGCCUUGUUGUUGUCAAAAUUGGCUGUGUCCCAACCCCAAGCGGUUCUCUAUACCCAGAAAGACAAUAAAUUAGAAGUCACAGAUGUUGCUAACUACAUCUUUAAUUGCUAUGCCAUGAAUUACAUUGAAAGUUUGGUUCCACCUUGUUGAAAAUAAGUUAGUUAUCACCAUUAGACCACUUUCUUCUUAAAUCAUGUACUUUCUUCUUAAAUCAUGUAUCGUUUUCAAAUCUUCAUUGGGAGAGAUAAAUACUGCUCAAUAGACUAUCUAAGUGCUUUUAGUGGUGCAUUAUGGGUUUAUGACUAAUUAGCAUCUUAGCCUGUGUGCACUGCACGGUAAAAAUAAUAUAGACCA